AUGUCUGAUGUAGAUCCGGAACGCCAGUCCUUGCUGGCCGGAGCCUCCGGCACUGGAUCCUCAUCCAGGACUGCAGAUGGUAACACAACGUUGACGCAGCGGAACCCACCCGGGAGGGCAGCCUAUCAGCCAGACCAUGGCAGGUUAGAAGAUGAUGUUAUACCUGAAGAUUCUGUGCUUGGCCGAAACAUCGGAUGGUCAAGCGCUUAUAUCAUAGCCAUAUCCAGAGUCAUAGGCAGCGGUAUCUUUGCCGUGCCGGGCGUGGUUCUAAAAUCAGUCGGCAGCGUUGGAAUGUCACUAACACUAUGGGUCUUGGGAGCCAUCGUAACAGCAUGCGGUCUUGCAGUUUCGCUUGAAUAUGGUUGCAUGCUGCCAAGGUCCGGCGGCGACAAGGUUUAUCUUGAGUUCACGUAUCCGCGGCCAAGAUUCCUGGCCUCCACAGUAAUUGCGACUCAUGCGGUGCUGCUCGGCUUCACGGCAAGUAAUUGCAUCAUCUUCAGCCAAUAUGUGCAUUUCGCCCUCGGAAUGGAACCAGAUGACUUUUCCAAAAAGCUUCUAGCGGUGGCCCUGAUGACCGUCAUCACCAUCAUCCAUGGCGUCUGGUACAAGGCUGGCAUACGCAUUCAAAACUUCCUAGGAUGGUUUAAAGUCGGACUUGUGUUCUUCAUGGUCCUUGCUGCACUCUACGUCGUUGCCUUCGGACAGCGGCACCCUGAAGUGGGAGAAACUCGAGACUCGGGGAUAUGGGAUGACCUAUGGGCAGAUACUGAUUGGAAUUUCGGUACGCUCGCAACGUCACUCUUCAAGGUGUUCUACUCUUAUACUGGACUUCAAAACCUCAAUUACGUCUUGAACGAAGUCAAAGAUCCUGUCCGCACCCUGAAGUCAGUGUCUAUCACAGCCUUGUUGACGGCAUGUUUCUUGUACAUACUUGCCAACCUCGCUUACCUCGCUGUUGUUCCCGUGGAGCAAAUCAAAGAAAGUGGACAGCUCGUGGCAGCAUUGUUUUUUGAACGAGUAUUUGGCGCGAGUGUCGGCCGAAAAUUUCUGCCGCUCACAGUCGCGCUCUCCGGUGCUGGCAAUGUCAUGGUAGUAACAUUUGCUAUGGCCAGACUUAAUCAGGAGAUUGCACGCCAAGGUUUCCUGCCGUUCUCUAAUUGGUUGUCAUCGACGAAACCCUUUGGCGCACCAAUGGGCGGACUUAUCGUGCAUUAUAUUCCGACAGUGCUUGUGAUAGUCCUACCUCCAUCCGAGGAAGUGUACUCUUUCAUCCUUGAGGUGGAGGGAUAUCCAGGCCAAAUAUUUGCACUACUAACUUCGUUCGGCAUCUUGUGGCUGAGAUAUAAGAGGCCGGAACUAAAGCGGCCUUUCAGAGCAUGGAUCGCAGCUGUAGUGUUCAGGAUGUUGUUAAGCGUCGUGCUCCUUGCCGCCCCUUUCUUCCCUCCCGACGAGCCUAAGGAGGGUGGUAUUUGGUAUGCAACUUACGCGGUUGUCGGUGUCAGCGUACUUGCAUUUGGCGCAGUCUACUGGCUGAUUUGGACAGUUGUGAUGCCUCGCUUAGGGGGCUACCGUUUAGAGGAACAGCGGGAUGUGCUCGAUGACGGAACCACCAUCACAUUUCUUGGCCGAGUGCCAAAGUAA